UUAAUGUAGCCUACAUAUUUCUACGUAUUUCCUGUAAUAUAUUAUUUAACAAAGACUAAUUGAUUGAGAAACCCAGCCGUGCGGUUGCUUCGCAGCUGCGCGCCGGUCCCAAGCCCGGAUAAAUGGGGAGGGUUAGGGAAAGACCUGGCGACCUACCCUGUAAAAAAUUCGCCAAGAAAAUUAUAUGGAUAGGCUCUCAAAUGUGUCAAACAUGGUGUCCUAUGGUAGGACCCCCAGGCCAGAAGACAUCGAGCCAGCUACUGGGGACGAGCGAAGACCUGAAGUGAGUAAUCAUGGUACUUAUGACGCGUUUGGGGCAAAAACCCUAUGCGAAUCCCAACCGCUGAUGCAACUAUGGAUGAAAAGAAGGGUCUGCGCUAUUCGCAUACUCACCGGAUCGCAACAUGGAACGUACGAGGAAUGAGCCAAGGGAAAUUGGACGUCAUCAAAGGAGAAAUGGCACGGCUCAAAAUCGGUUUAUUGGGAAUCAGCGAAUUACAUUGGACGGACAAUGGUUACUUCCAUUCGGAUGAUUUUACCGUUUACUACUCUGGUCACUACAACAUCAAAAGGAACAGCGUGGCGUUCAUAGCCUGCAAGCAAGUCGCCCGCGCCGUAGAAAGCUAUUCAACGAUCAGUGACCGUGUUAUUUCCAUCCGUAUUCGCGCAAAACCACUAUUUAUCUCAAUUCUGCAGGUAUACGCCCCAACGUCCGAUGCAUCCGAGGAUGAAAUCGAACGAUUCUAUGCCGACAUCCAAGAAGCGCUACAACAAGUGCCCAACAAGGACAUUACCUACAUCUUGGGAGAUUUCAAUGCAAAAAUAGGCUACCAAGAAAAUCCAGGCCUGGUAGGCAAAUUCGGCUUGGGGAACGAUGCGGGUGACCGGUUGAUACAGUUUUGCCAGGAAAAUCGUUUCAAAAUUGCGAACACAUGGUUCAUGCAACACAAACGACGUCUCUACACAUGGACAUCUCCUAAUGGCUUGUAUCGUAAUCAGAUCGAUUAUGUUCUCUGCAGUCGACGGUGGAGGAGUUCUGUGUUUGCUGUCAAGACAUAUCCUGGUGCAGACUGUGGUACGGAUCAUGAAUUGCUAGUAGCCAGCAUCAAAGUCAAACUCUGUAACAUCAAAAAGACGGCGCAGCUAAAGAAGUUCAAUGUCUCAAAGAUUCCACCUUCAUAUGCAGUUGAGGUGAAAAACAGGUUCGAGCUGCUUGACACCUCUGAGAAGCUGCCUGAUGAAUUGUGGCAAGAGAUUCAAUCGUUAGUCUUUAAAACGGCGACGCAAUGCAUCCCGCACAAGAAGCCAGAAAAGAAAUGCAAAUGGCUAACCGAAGAUACCAUAAAUCUCGCUAAGCGAAGGAGAACGGCCAAAGCCAUGGGCAGUUGA